GAGGGACAUUUGUGUGUGCGGAAGUGCCACCGGAAUAUGGCGAAAGAGGAAAGCGGGGGCAGUACCAGCUGCUGACAGGGCUCCGGAGCGGUCGGUGUGAGCUGGUGCCAGACUACGGCUCGAACCUCCGUCAGAGCCGAGCAGCGCGACGGACGGGCGGGUUUCAGGAAGUGACGAGGACAUGGAACAUCCAGGACGUUGCUCCGUGGGGCCCAGCGGGAGAGUCGUGUCAGGGGAGGCGCCCGGCGGGGCGACGGGGCGGUGGUCUGCGGUCGCCCUGUCCGCCCUGGGCUCCGCGGUGACCGUGGCCGCCGUCGGUUGUCUGUGCGCCUUCAUCUACCCGAUACUGACAGAGCUGCGGGCGGUGACGGUUAGAGGAGAGGAUGGGAGCGAAGAGAGGAUCCUGGGUUUCUGGAGUGUCCUUUUGCUGUCACUAUCAGCAGGAUGUAUCUGCUGUGCCUUCUCAUGGACCCUCACCUACCUGGACUCGUACCAGCCCGGCACGUUGGUCCCAACACUGGCCCACCUCAGAGAUGUAUCUGGCCAUGGUUUCCUCAUGGACUAUGGCGUUGUUGUCCUCAAUGGCAUCAUGGCCAUGCUCACCGUCAUCUGGAGCCUCACCUGACACACAUACAUCCGUCCAGAUUCACGAGUAUCUUGAUACUGUGGCGCUGGAGCUCACCGCCUGGAGUCACUCAGCUUCUGGAUCCUAACAUUCUAUCUGCAUGAGCUAGCGUCGCUGAUCGGAGGCGAGUCCGACUCCGUUUCUACCCGGCCGUUGGCCAGGACCUCCUGCUCGCAGCACCGCCUUGAGGCCAGUCUGAAGAACCCUGCGAUUAGGAAGAUGGCGGAAAUGGUUGCAAAGUAGCCGCCAUAGAUGAGGAACUGAGGGAAGGACACCAGACAGCCAUCAGUUACAAUGGACAAUGUUGAAGGGGCGAUUAAACACCACGGGGGAGGGGGCUUGUUGUACUUCCUCACCUGAGUGAAGACGUUGAGGCCCAGGCCUGCUGAGUCCACCACCACCACAGUGAGGACAGACUGCAGCAGCAGAGCUACGAAGGUGUUCACUCCGAACACGAGGGCAUAGCGCUGUAUGCUGAGGCUGGCUGCAAUCUGGUACCUGGCAGGUCAGAAGGCGGAGGACAGGAAAGAAUCAUGAGCCAGGUUUUAGUUAUAUGGAAGAUUUAUAUUAAUAUUCGAUUUGUACAGGACAAAGUUAGAGUACAACGUGGGUGGACAGGAAGAAAAAACCUCAUGAUCCCUCCGAGCCCGCAAGCCCUGGCAUUUGUUUAAGCUUGUGUUUGUUUUUUGUUCGGGGUGAUGAUUCAGUUCGUCAAACCAGAUCAUAUUCAAGAUGGCUGCAUGUGCUUGUUAUUGUGGAUCUCUCAUUUCUACACAAACAGUGAGGCCAGAUGUUUAAACAUGACAGUCAACGGUUGCUGCAAUCUCCACUUUAGUUGUACGAGUUUCCCUUUUUCUCUCUUCCCUUUUUCUCCGUACUGUUGCAUGUGAAAGUUGAACCCGUCUCUGAAAUAACAAAAAUAAAAUGCAGAAACACAGCUGAUUCAUAUAGAAGCCCAGUAAGUUUUAAAGAAAGAAAACUUUCACCAUCUUGUUAAUCUGUUUGAAGGGCUUGUUCCGUCCUCUGCCGUCGUCCUGUCUGUCCCUUUUGCAAUAUGUAUGUUACACAAACAUACGAACACAACUAACCACAGCACAGUUUAAGGAUCUACACCAGGGCUAUUAGAUUUUCACUCAACCAUUACGGUGAUUCAAACAAUUCACAAUGAUGUGAAUGAUGAUGAUAACAUUUUAUGGCAAAUGAAUGAGGCUGCAAAUACUACGACUAAUACUACUCUACUUUGCAGACAGAUGAUGAUCUCUUAGUUGAUCAAUUUUCACAAUUAAUGGGUGAAAUUAUUAUUCAUAGUAGAGCCACUAUUAAAUAAAAAUUUGAUUUGA